AUGGAAAACGAUAAGAUCAAUAACAUGCAUUUUGAUCCAGUAAAAUCAGCAUUGUAUCGAUUCCAUAAUAGUUACAUACCAAAACUACCAAACACAUUAUCAGAAGUUGAUAUCCCACCGGAAUGGCAACUGGAUAAUGCUGGUAACCAGUUUUUACGUUACGUGACGCCAAUGUCAGUUAAGGUUUUGAUUUUUGUGACCGAUCGUGCUUUAAAGGAACUGACACUAUCUGAACAUUGCAAUGUUGAUGGCACAUUCAAAACAACGCCGCAACCCUUCUACCAAGUAUAUACAAUCCAUAUAUAUAAUAAAUUAUCAAUGAAACCAUCAGUUUAUUGUUUAUUGGCAAGUAAACACCGGGAAUCGUAUAAUGCCAUGAUUAAUGGUUUGGUGUUUCUUGCAAAUUCGAAUGGAAUAACAUUAAAUCCCAAAACAAUCAUGCUGGACUUUGAAGAAGUAGCCAUAUUAGCGUUCAAUCAGCAUUUUCCAAAUGCUUUAACUAAAGGUUGUUAG